CAGGCGCCCACUUCGGCCUGGCCGUGCCUGCGGUGCUGCCCAAGAUCCCGGGGAUGCAGCCGUUGGCCUGGUCCUCGUUGCUACAGGCGGCACUGCAGCUGCCUCCGGAACUGGCCGACGGCUCGCCGGAGACGGUGUGCUCCCUCUACUGCCAAGUCGUCGAAGCGCUCGAGGAGCUGGCGCGGGAGCGGCAGCUCCGCAGCAGCCUGGGGGAAGAGGUCACGGAGUUCCAGAAGAAGUACGACAAGUUGCUGGCGGAGCAGGAGGUCCUCUACAAGGACUUCUUUGCACGGAGGGACCAGUGGCUCUCUGAGAAGAAAGACCUCGAGGAGCGCUUGAGCAUCCAGGGCAACCUGCUCACGGACAGCUUGAAGAAGUGUGAAGUGCAGGAGAGCCAACUGCAGACUUGGCAGCAGCUGAGCUCCGGCGGCGCCCCGGAGCUGCGGGAGGAGCUCAUGGCGGCCAUGGCGCGGGUGGCUGCGCUGGAGCAGAACGAGAGCGUGCUCUCGCGGAAAUAUGAAGCGGAGAAGCAGAACCACGCGAUUGUGAAGGAAGCCUUUGACACCAUGCAGAGAGACUUCCUGGAACGCGAAGGCUUCCUCAAGGAGCGCCUCUCCAAGGCGACUUUGGCGAAGCGCCGCUCCGGCAACGCGCUGCGCAUCGCGCGCCGGAAGAUGCAGUCCAUGGUGGCGAGCAGCGACUUUGAGCGUGCCCAGCAGCAGCUUCAGGUGUGUCGACAGCGGGAGUUCGACCUCUCCCGACGGCUAACCGAGCUGACCCUGAAGGUGGCACAGCAAGAGGACAAGGUCCGCGACCUGAUGGAUGUACAAGACCGAUGCCGCACCUUGGACCAGCUCAUGAGGGAAACUGAGCAGGAGUUCACCGUGCUGCGGCGCCGGCUGCAGGCGCGCGAGCCCCGCUUCGCCGCGGAGUGCGCGCUCUUCGCGCGCCUCACCGCGGAGCUGCAGCGCACCCUGGGCUUCGUGGGCGGCUACGAGGUGGCCGUGCGGUCCCUGGCCGCCAGCGAAGCGCGCAUCGCCGGCGAGGAGCCCACCGAGGCUGCCAUCAAUGUGGAAGCCUCUCUCGACGAGAAGUUGCGCAAGCUGGACACCAAUAACGACGGCUUUAUCACCUUGGGCCAGCUACGCGGCUUCUUCGAAAGCCUUUCCAUCAAGAUCAAGGACGAGGAGAUGCAAUUGCUGGCAGAUGCCCUGCAUCCCACGACUUCCAUCCUUCCUCCACCGCCUCCACCGCCAAGUGCACCAGGUGCUCCCAGUCCCCCAGCAGAUGACAAGUCCAACGUCUCGGUGCUGGGCAUUGUUGGCCGCUUCAGGCUCUUUGGGCUGCGUCCGCUGGAGCCGGAGGAGCUCUUCUGGUGCGCGGUGGAGGCCCACCUGCUGCGACGUCCUGAUCAGCCGGAGCCUUCGGAGGUGCUGCGGGGCCACUUCCAGCGGCUCUGCAACUCCGAGGGCCGCAUCGCGGCCACCGACGUGCUGCAGCUGCUGUCCCAGUUCGAGGUGACUCCCAACCAACUUCCCCUGCGGAGCUUGCGCCGAGUGCUGCAGUGGCUGGGUGUCGAGGUGCGGCAUCUCGAGGAGCAGCUGCCCGGCCCGCUGCCCUCGCCCAACGACCCCCGGGAGCCUGAAGUUCGCCUGCGCUUGCAGCAGCUGCGCAUCGUCUACAGCGACUUCGGCGAGCGCUUCGAGCGGGGGCUGCAGCGGGCCUUGCAGCAGCUCCGGCCGCCGGAGGGGCUACCGACGUCCGCCGCCGCGCCCGCGCCUCCGGAUGCGGAGGCGCGAUGCCAGGCGGCACGGGCGCGGGAGUCCGCGGCCAACAGGCGCUGCGUGGUGCUGGAGCAGGAGGUCCGCACCAAGGACCGCAUCACCCGGGAGCUUCAGCGCCAGGUGGGAGAGCUGGAGGGCCUCAUGGAGCGCCACGAGCAGGAGCUCUACGAGGAGCGGAGCUCCAAGGUGCAGCUCAUGGCUCAGCUGGACGCCACGCUGCCCAAGGCAGAGGUGGAGCCGAAGCUCCAGCAGAUCGAGGAGCUGCGCUUCCAGGUCGACCAGUCCAGCAUCGCCUUGAAGCAUGCCAAGGACCUGGCGCGGACCUGCGCGGCGCAGGCGGAGAGCUACGAGCAGCUGCUGAAGCGCCGGCAGCAGGAGGUGCGGCACCUCCAGGAGUCCGUGAAGAUGCUGCAAGCCACCGACGAGAUGUCGAACACCGUGGGCAAGCUGCAGUACCGGCUGCUGCUCAGCCAGUGGGAGAAGGGCAAUCUCCAGCGCCAGCUGCACUCUGCCACGCAAGACCUUCGCGAAGCUCGGCGAGAGCUACUAGACAACGAGGAACAGGUGGAAAAGGAGCGCCAGCAGCAUGAGGACACUGAGGGGCAGCUGCAGCACAGCUUGGCGGAGCUGAAAGCGCAGGCCGCCAAGCUUCAGGAGGAGAAGACCGCGGCCAUGCCCAUUGACAAGGCGCGGCAGCUGACCUCGCGGCUCGAGGAGAUCUCCGGGCGCAAGAUGGAGCUGGAGGAGCGCUUGUCCAAAGUGCGCUUGGAGCUGAUGCGCAACCAGGCAGAGACCGACGAGUGCCGCCUCAAGGCGCAGCAGGCGCAAGAGCUGCUCACGGAGCUGAAGGCCCUGGACCCGGACGACGAGGCGCCGAGGCAGCGGCUGCUGGAGAUGGCCAAGAAGCUGGCGGACGCCAAGCUGAAGGAGUUGCAGCACAAGCGCAGCAUGGAGAUCGCGCAGGAGCAGCACCAGCAACUGGAGAAGGCACGACAGGUGGAUGAGAAAGAGAUUCAGAGCCUGCAGCGGGAGGUGGCUCAGGCGGAAUCCAAGCUGGCCAACCAGGAGCAGCAGUGGCGCGCCAAGGUGCUGGAGGCGCAGGGCGUGGCGCCAGUGCGCGCCACCAGCCAAGCCAACCAGGCCACCAUAGAGGCGAUGGAACAGCUGCAGGGAAAGGUGGCCGAGCGAGAUGCCAGGAUCGCCAUCCUCGAGUCGGACAUGGAGAAGGCCAAGACCGAGCGCGAGAGCGCUGUGGCGGAGGAGAGGAUGAAGGUGCGGAAGUUGGAGCUGGAGUUGAACUUGCUUUCCGACGGCGACACCUUGAAGCUCCGCCACCAGCUGCGUUCGGAGCACGACGCGGACGUGGCGCAGAUCUCGCAGGCGGCGCAGGCCUCGGUGCAGACCUUGCAGGAGCUCUUGGACCAGGCGGAGGAGCGGCUCAGGUACCAGCAGGAGGAAGCUGCGCGCCAAUACGAGAAGCAGUCUGAGAUGCAGAGGAAGUACGGGGAGGAGACGCUCCAACUCCAGCAAGAGAUUGCGGCGCUGCGACAGGACCUGGUCCAGGCCCGCCAUCAGAAUAUCCAAGAUGCUGACGCCGCUCGACUGAAGCCGCUGCCGCCGGACGAAAGCGCGCGAUUGGAGAGCACCAUGGGCUCCAUGGACGGUUUCGGGGACCUGGGGGCCGUGGAGGGCAGGCUGCGACAGCACCAGGACCAGGUGCUGAGCCUCUACCAUCGCCUGGAGCAGCAGCAGGAGGAGUUCAAUAGCCUUCUGGACCAGCAGAAUACGGAGGCAAAGCAACGGGAGGACCACCUGCGAGGGCAUUUGGAGAAGAUGCAGCAGGAGUUUCAGGCACGGGAGCAGCGCCUGCUGGACCAGCACGAGGCGCAGCGCCAGCACCGGGAGGGCGAGCGCCAGCAGCGGGAGCUGGAGCUGCAGCGGAUCCAGCAGGAGCUGGCGGCUCUGCAGCGGAACGCCUCUCAGGAGCAGAGCCAGGAACUCCAAGUCCAGGUGCAAGAGGCGCAGCGCCACGCCAGCUUGGCGCUGCAGCACAACGAGCUGGCGGAGCAGCACCGGGCCUCCGCGGAGCAGUGGCAGCAGAAGGCCCAGCACUUGGAGCAGCAGAACGAAGAGCUGCAGCAAGAGUUGAAAAGCGAGCGGCAGAAGUACAAGGAGUCCCAGCUGCGGAAGCAGCAAAGCUCCCUGCGGAAGCAGCUUGCGAGCAAGGAGGAGCAGCUCGGGAGCCUCAAGAAGGCAGUGGAAGACCUCAAGGAGCGCGUGGUGCAGCUCAGUAUCCGCAACGAGCGGGAAGAGAUGGAGUCCGGCAACGCGCGGCGCGCGGAGUCGGAGGCCAGGCGUCGCGUCGGGGGACAGGAGGAGAAGAUGCAGCAGCUCAAGGACAAGGUGCUGCGGCUCUCGCGGCAGCUGCAGGAGGCCAAGUCGCAGCAGAGCUUCGAGGCACAGCGCGGCCAAGAGAUGGACGGCCGGGAGGCGGAGCUGCAGACGCUGCUGGAGACCUCGGCGCAGCAGUUGGCGCAGAAGGCGGCAGAGGCCAAGCGCUUCGAGGAGGAGCUGCGGCGCCAGCAGCGGCGCGCCCAGGAGGCGGAGCAGGCCCUCCGGGCGGAGCGAGGUGUGCUGGAGGGCGAGGCCAAGCUAGUGAAGCGAGAGGGAGAGGAAGCCUUGGAGAAGAACGCCCGGCGCGUGGCGGCGCUCCUGGACCGCAUCGAGGUGCUGCAGGCAGAGCGCACUGAGCUCUCGGCGAAGCUCCACGGCGCCGAGGCGUCCCUGGCAAUGAAGGGCAGCAGCCACGACGCCCCGGUGACCCAUCCACAGGCGCAGUUGGCCGAGAUGAAGGAGCGACUUCGCCGGGAACAGGACCAGAGACAGUCGCUUCAAGAGGAGGUGCGGGAGCUAUCACUUCAACUGGAAGCGCUCGGAAGGCCAGAGCAGACGCUGGAGCCACUCAGGGCGACUUCGCCAUCGCCGUGGGCCCGAGUUGGAUGUUCGCUUUCGCCUUUGACACGCAGCCCCCGCGCUCGCUCGCCGGUGCCGCGCUCCUUGAAGCAGGCCAGCGAGCUGGCUGCGCGGUGCGGGCAGCUGCAAGCGGAGCUGGCCUCGCUGAAGGCCCGCAGCCAGCGCCUCGAGGAGGAGAACGACGACCUAAAGCUGCGGCUUGCAUCCGAGGGCGAAAGGGCCGGGGCGUCAGAAGUGGACAUGCUCCGCGGAAGCUUGGAAGGCAUGAGCGCCCAAAAUCGCGCUCUGGCAACAGAGCUGGAGGUGGAGCGGUUUCGAAGCCGCGCCCGCACAGACGAGGGCGAAGCGCAGCUGCGGCUGCAGAGCCAGGAGAGGAUCGCCUCUCUGCAGAGCCGUGUGGACGAGCUGCUGCGUGAGAACGUGCAGCUUCGCAGGGCUGCGCCAGGUAGCGCUCCCUGCUCUCCGUCCCCGCCGCCGCCGCCCGGGCCCAGCGGGCCGAGCGGGCCGAGCUGGCCCGCGCCGCCGGCGAGUCGGCCGGAGGAGGCAAAGGUUGUGACUUUGCAAGCGCGGGUGGAGGAGUUGCUUCGUGAGAACCUCCAGCUCCGUGCUGCUUCACCGGAGCAACCCCAGGUGCAAGUUCUGCAGGAUCGAGUCGCACAGCUGCAGUCCCGGAUUGAGGAGCUGCUGCGUGAGAACAUCCAGCUCCAGCGUGUCGGGGCUGGGCCAUCUGUGGAGCAUCAGCAGAGCUUGCAGGGCCUGCAGAGCCUGCAGGAGAAGAAUGCUGCCCUCCAGAGCCGCAUAGAGGAGCUUCUUCGUGAAAACGUGCAGCUACAGAGACAACUGCUCCCCUCGCCGCAGGCCCAGGAGAGCCCACUGCAAAACCGCGUGGACGACUUGGUCCGUGAAAACCUGCGGCUGCAGCGGCAAGGCGCUUCUAAUUCCUUGGAGCAGCAAGAGCUUCAGGCACGCAUGGAAGAGCUUCGGCGGCAGAACCACGAGCUGGAUCGCCAAGCUCGGAAUCGCGAGGCUCCCUCGCCACCGCAACGAGCUUGGCCUGGGUCGCCGGACACAGCCUCGGCACAGCAGGUGGCUGCGCUGCAGGCCAAGAAUCAGGAGCUGCUCCGCGAGAAUCUCGAGCUGCGGCACGCGCCGAGCGCGCGCCUGCCACAGGCGCCGCCCUUCGGUGACGGCCAAAGCGCCGCGCUGCGUCGCCACGGGCAGGAUUUGCAGGCGCGCCUGGAGGAGGUGCUUCGAGAGAAUGCAAUGCUACGAGAGCGCGGCUCUCCGGGCACGCGCCUGGAACGCCGGCCGGGCGCCUUGGGUCUUGGAUCCCCAGCGGCGGAGGAUCUGAGCGAGCUGCGCCGGCUGCACGGCGAGGUUGCUUCGCAGCGCCGGGUCUUGGAUCGCCUGGUCACGCAGCUGGCUGGCGAUGGAGUUGCCGCAUUCGAGCUUUUGGUGGAGGAGUGCCAGCACCUGAGCCAGCGGGUCACCCACCUGGGAGAUGAGAAUGUGGUGCUGCGGUCACGCGCCCAGACGCCGGUGGAUCUGCCUUUGCCCCCGCCGCUGCCGGGCAGCGCACAAGAAGCUCAGGAGGCCAACGCCGUCCUGCGAGCGCGGUUCGACUCUUUGAGUGCCGAGAUGUCUGCAACCACCGCCUGGAAGGAUGAGGCGGCCAAGCGCCUGAACCAGCAGGCGCAGGAGAUCGAAGCGCUGAAGAACCGUCUCGCCUCCGUAGCUCCACUGGACGUGCUUGCACUGGAAGAUGCCAUGCGCCCCACCGAGGAGGAGCUGCGAAACCAGCUGGAGCGCUCUGAGCGGCAGAGGUCGAACCUGGACAAACUGCUGGCUGCUCAAACCGCCCGCGUGGCGGAGCUCUCCGCAGACCUGGAGGACAUGCAGCAGCGCCUGCGAGAGUUGGUGAUGGGAAAGAGCGGCCUCGCGAUGCCUGAAGCCUCGCAGGCGGUGGUCAGGGAGCGGAUCCGGAUGGAACAUCAGGAGCAGAGCCGCGAAGAGGUGCGGGCCGCACAGCGGCAGGCCGCGCAGGCAGCACAGGAGGCUUCAGACCUGCGCAACGCGAACGGCAGCCUACAGGCGCAGCUGGGGCAACAGGUCCAGCGCCAGGUAGAGCUGGCUACCCAAUUGGAGCAGUUCCGCCAUUUGGCGGAUACGUCUCCUGCCGUCGUACCUGGCAUGGAAGAGGUGGCGAGCCGCCUCGCGAAGCGCAACGAGGAGCUCACAGAGCAGAACGCCCAGCUGCAGAAGGCCUUGGAGAGGAGCAUGCCGGAGCGGCGGCAGUCGGCCUUGCAGGCGGCCAGGCACUCCCUGGAAGAGUGCGGCGUGAGCCUGCUCCAGAUCUUCCGUGCCGCGGAUGUCGAGCGGCGCGGGACGCUGCCACUGAAGAGUAUCGAGGCAGUGCUUAGAAAGCUGCCCGUACAGCUCCCCAGCCGCCUUGCCGUGGUGCUUUGGGAAACUGCCAGCAGCUUUCAGGCAGGAGGCGACAUCCUCUACGCCGAGUGGCUCGCACAUUUGGCAACGCUUCCCCAGGGUCUGGAUGAGGACCCGAGCUUCGGUUGCGUCGAUGCCUUUCACCGCUUCCGCGGCUUCUCGCUGCGCACCGGGCUGGCGGCCCUGGACGAGGACUCCGAUGGGAAGCUGUCAGCCACUGCCGUGGCCCAUGCCUUCCGCGCCUUCUUCGAGUUUCUCCAUGCGGAAGAGCUGCAACUCCUCUUGGAGCUAUUUCAGCCAGAAGGCGAGGUGGAGAUCAUGUCCUGCGUUUGGCAGCUGGAUAUGGCUUUCCUGGUGUGCAAGGACCAGGUGCAAAGCGUCCAGGCAAAGCGUGCUGAAGCGCAAGAUCUCGUCGAGGGCAGGACGCCUGCGGGAUCGCGAAACCCGCUGAAGGAGCUCAAGGACUUGGUCAUGCAGAGGAGGGAGAAGGGUGACGAGGCCGCCCUGCGCCACAUCGUCAGCCUCGUGGACCACGAGAGGUCUUCCUUGAUCUCGCUGCCCAUGUUCAAGGCCUUGCUGCACCACCAGUUGGAUGGGCCGCUCGACGACGAGCAGCUGGAGCACAUCUUUCAGGUGCUGGAUGAGGACGGUGACGGUGUCGUCGCGCACCAAGACUUUGAGAAGGCAAUCCUGGGGGAGGACCACAGCCGCCAGCUCACGGACUUGCUGCUUCGACUGGCGCAGGCCCUGCAUGGCGCUGGCGUGCGUUUGCCUGACUUGGUGCGCUUGUACGACCAGGGCAACGACGGCGAGAUAAGCAAACAGCAGCUGCAGCAGAUGUGCUUGAGGGUCAAUCACCGGCCCAGCGAACAGGACCUGCAGAAGCUCAUGAGCGAGUUCGAUACCGGGCGUGGGACGAUCUCGGUGGCGGAGCUGCAGUUCAGACUCGAGGCAGCGCGGGUGGAAGAUCUCCUGGGCGAGUUCAAGGGCGCGUUGGCGCGCUUCGGCGCCCGCGGCCUCUUGGACGCCUUUGCGCGCGCUGGGGAGGGCGGCCAGCUGAGCCUGGAAGAGCUGGAAGGCGUCCUAGUGGGCGUGCUGCAGAUACCUGCGCCGCGGCAGCGCAUCCGAGAUUUGUUUGACGUCUUCAGCACGGAGCACGGCGGCAAGAUACCUUACAGAGAGCUGCUUCGAAGGUGUGGGCUGGCACAGACAGAUCAUCUGGGUCUUCACGAGUGCUUGCCAGUUGCAGAUCAGCCCCGCUGGCUGGAGUUGACCCUGGCUGCAGUGAAGCGAGCUUUGCUGCGGGCCAAGGCUGACGAGGAGAGUGUCGCAGAGGCUGCACAGCGCCUGCUGCUUGCCUUCGACGAGCGGAAUGUGGGCACGCUCUCCUGCCCACAGCUGCGCCGGGCGUUGGCCAGCUUGGGUCUGGCCGGUGGCCAGCGGGAGAUGGAGCGCCUAUGCGAGCAGCUGCGCGGCGUCCCAGCGAGGGAUGCUCGCGCGCGGGGCCCGCGAGGCGUGCAGCAAAGCCCUCAGCGCAACCUGGAGCUCCGGGUGGAGACGUUGGUGUCCAGGCUCAACUCUGUGCACAUCCCGGAGGAGGAAGCUGUGCCCCAUCGCUUGGAAGCGCGCCCGGCGGCGGAGGCGCUCCGCGGGGCCUUGCAGCGACGGGGAUUGAGCUUGGUAAAGGUCCUGGCAGAACUCGAUCCGGAGAUGCAAGGCAAGGUGUCCUUCGAAGGCUUCCGGGUGGCGUGCCAGCGCUACCGUCUCGCCUUGAAGGAGGAAGACUGGGCGCGCCUGGCCGCAGCGCUGCAGCCGGACCGGCACCACUUCUUCUCCGCCGAUGCGCUGCAGCGGCUUCUGGCCAAGGCGCCGCAGGGCUGCGCCGAGGUGCCUAAGGUUGGCUUGGCUGCGGCGCAGGGAAACGGCCAGGCCUUGGAGCCUUUGCCCCGGCGCCGCAGCGCAAGUCUGGCGAAGGAAAGGCGGCUGGACGGGGCGGUGGAGGCCAAGAGUCGAAAGCAGGUGGACCAGCUUCAGACAGCACUCUUCCGAUCUGAAGAGGAGCGCGCGCGGCUCCAGCGGGAACUGGAUGCGCUACGGCAGGAGGAGGCAGCCCGAAGCGAAGAGUUCCAGAAGCCCAGGCCGCUCAAUGUGCUGCUAGCUGCCGGCGAGCAGGCACCACCCUUGGUGAAGGAGCUGAGGCUGGAGGUCCAGGGCACCCGCGAGCUCCGGGACAAGAUCUACAGCCUAGAGUCGGAGCUGGAAAGCUGCAAGCGACGCCUGGAGGUGGACGCUCGCCAGCAGCUGGAACAGGAGCAGCAAAGGGGCAGGCAGCUGCAGGCCGAAUUGGAGGAGAAAGAGCGCGUGGUCUCCGAGCUGAUCUUCGACCUGCGGCGGGCCAGACAAGCAGCCGGCCGGGAGGCCAACUGA